AUGGGUCAAUCACAGUCGGGAGAAGCCCCUCACCAGCUAUCCACUGAACAACUGUCCCACGAACUUGCCCUUCGCUUUGCCUCGAAAUGUUUUACCCACCUUGAGAUCGCCCACUUUAAAGACAAUUUCAAAGCUCUAGCAGACCAUCAAGAUGGCGUCGAGUACUGGAAGGAAGAGACACUCGGUCGAUUCUUACUCCUGCCGGAUGCCCUUCGUGUUGGUUCAGUCGUCUACCAGAUGGCCACCUACCUAGGCGCCUUUCCCUUUCCUAGCCUGGCCCCCUGCAUCUUGACAAGAGAAGCGAUGCUCAAGGUGGUCACGAUCAUGACGGAAAGAUACGGAAAGGUGCUGAAAAGAGGCAAAAGAGAUCGCGUGAGGUUGUUGUUCAGGAGCAUGGCUGUCUUCGAUCGAACCAGGGCGCUGUCACUUACGGCAGAGAAGCCGACCAUGGAGCAGCUGGUGGCAGAGCAGAAGCCAGACGAUAUGAUGGAGGGAGAAGCAGCCAUCAAAGAGGUUCGGUCAGGCGUGGCAGGUUUUGCAAUUGACGAGCCUGUCGACGAUGACCUUGACGAAGAGGAAGACGACGAUGAGCUGGCUUUAGCGGCUUUGGAUUCACUGGAUGCAAUUGAAGUGUUCAAAGAGGAUCAAAAAGCCACAAGGGAGAAGAAGAUACAUCAUGCACAAAUACCAGUCGACAACUUCAGGCGGUUGCUCAUGUUGCUACUUGUCCUGGCUCCUCUUAGACCGCAAGAGAACAUGGCAAAAUACGGAGAAGACUUGUCUGAAGCAAAGCUUAGAGAACUGGAGAGCGAGGCAGAGUGUAUACUAGCAGCGUUCGAUCCAGAUGAAGCGACUGGAGCAAUCAGAUAUACAGCUUUCACAAGGGCGAUCUCAGCAUCAUUUCCAUUUCUGUUCGAUCCCUUGAACGCUUUGUUCGAGCACUUCCUGUUCAGCAAGAACAUCGAUCUAUCGAAACAUAGGAUUUCUUCAAUCUCAACACCCCCACCAUCCAUGUCACCAAAGAUCAAUCCAAUCACGUCUGACUCUUCAGAUCAGUCCUGUAUCCUGACUUCUGAGCUGGUGUCUCACCUGUCCACAUUCCUGGUCACCAAACCGGUUUCGACAUCUCCAGUAAACCUCUUCCACACUGGUACCCGCUUUCAUCCCGUCUACUCAACCACCGCUCAUGGAACCUCGCUCACUUCAUUCUCUCGACAAGUCAUGUCAUGGCAAUCCGCAACUCUCCUUCUUGUCACAGGAACACCAACUCCUCCUGCAUCAAACACCUCUGACUUCUCGCGUCCCAUCACAGUAGGCGCCUUCCUCCCAAGUCCGUGGUCUAAAUCCUCCUCAUCCUCUUCUAGCGAUUCCUCCUCUCCCCAACCCCUUCUCUUCCUCCUUUCGCCCCGCCACGCCCUCUGUCCUCAUAACCCCUACAACCACUCUUCUGCCUCAAAUUCUCACUGCAGCCCAAAAACCGGCAUUGCACUUGGCUGCAUCAUCCCACCUGCCAGCCGUACAAGUGCAGCGUCUCAACCCCCAGUCCUCGGACCUGUAAGUUUGAGAAUUGAUGCCGAUAUUUCGACCGCCAUAUUCCAGCAUGAUGCGGGAGCUGGGACUGGAGCCUUCUUACCCGACCCAGGGCUUGAAAAGGCCCAGGCUGAGCCCAAUGCUGGCAGAGGAGCUGUAGGAAGAAAAGUGGAAUUCGACAUCGACACCUUGGAGGUCUGGGGUAUCACGAAUCCUGAGGCAGGCGAAGAGGGCGAAGAUGAGGUGGUGAGGCAGAAGAGGAGACUGGACUGGGAGGAAGCCGAGGCAGCGAGAAGAGCGGGAGUCAAUUUCGGUGGAGACAAAGAUGGCGCAAGAGCGCUCUUGGAGAUGGCGGGCCUGGUGGGCGACAAGGGGAGAAGUGGAGGGAGUGUCUGA